GCCGCGGGUGGUGCCGCACCGGGCUGGCGUGUCGGGGUUUGGGUGCUGCUUUGCGUGCGCCGUGGUUUGGGUUUUUUUUUUUUCAUUUUGAUAGUAGAAGCUCUGGUGGUCAUCGUUCGAACUUCCCAGAAUGCUAAUACUCUAACCGAGUCGUAGCGACCAAUACAUAAUUAUUUUUUUAAUUUUUUUUUUUUUCCAGAAGGUAUUUCGGGUCCCCCGAGGGCUGGGAAAAAAUCUGGUUUCUGAUAUUUUGCAUUUCUGUGCGUGUGUGCCUGUGUGUGCCAGCAGAAAAUCCCUCUAUCCUGGAAGAAUGGUGAAACUGGGGAAUAAUUUCAGCGAGAAGAGCACAAAGCAGCCCCUUCUGGAGGAUGGAUUUGACACCAUCCCCCUGAUCACACCCCUGGAUGUCAAUCAGCUCCAGUUCCCACCUCCUGAUAAGGUUGUGGUCAAAACAAAAACAGAAUAUGAACCUGAUCGCAAGAAGGGAAAGUUCCGUACUCCUAAAAUAGCUGAAUUCACAAUCAGCAUCACUGAAGGGGUUUCAGAAAGAUUUAAGGUAACUGUGCUGGUCCUUUUUGCCCUUGCAUUCUUAACGUGUGUUGUAUUUCUGGUAGUCUACAAGGUUUACAAGUAUGAUCAUACCUGUCCAGAAGGAUUUGUUUUCAAGAAUAAUCAGUGCAUUCCAGCUGGGUUGGAAAACUACUACUCUGAACAAGACUCCAGCGCUCGAGGGAAAUUUUACACAGUCAUAAACCACUACAACCUGGCCAAACAAACCAUCACGCGCUCCGUGUCCCCGUGGAUGACAGUACUGUCAGAAGAGAAACUGUCUGAACAGGAGACUGAAGCUGCUGAGAAAUCAGCUUAGUAUGAUAAGCUAAUUAUUAAAACUAUGUCAUUUGAAGGUAACUAAGGGACUUCAAGGAACUUUUCAUUAAAUAUAAUUAUGGAUAAUUUAGAGGUUACUCAUGUUUAUGGUGUAACUGCUUCUGUUUGCUGAUACUGCUUUGCAAAAAAAAAAAAGAAAAAUCUGAAAACAAAAAUUUGCUGCAGAACAUUCAUGGGCAUAACCCCAGGUGCAUAUCAGCAUUGCUGUAGAGCUUUGACACCAUUUUCAAUGUUAAAAAAAAAAUCCAGUGUUAGAUAUGUUCUUGCAGUUUAUUGGAUACUGAUAGAUUUUGUCACUGGAUUUUCAGGACUUGGACCUUAGAUAAAUUAUGUGUUCUGUUGUAUGAACAGAUACUGAAGUUAUUAAUUUUUUGAAUUCUUUGUCAUUUUGCAAACUGAAACACCCCAGCCAUAACUAGAGUGAUCUCUUGUUUAGCUGAAAGCUGUAAGUGAUGUUUAGGUUGGGCUCGAGCAAGAAUGAUAGUCAACACUGACAUCAGGGUGUAAUGUAAUGACUUGUAUGGAGAAAGAAUCUGUCAGGUCACAUUUUUCCUUACAUUUCCUUUACUGUUUUUUGUGAUAAUGAAGUUCUCUGCAACAA